CUUACUUCGGUAAGAGUACCAUUAACGAAGCUUUAUAGUCUCUUUCGCCUUUUUCCCGAUGGAUGAUGGAGGAUUCCCGCUUCGGAUAUGAUAUCCCAGUGUGGAAUUUAGAACUGGCUUUCGCUAAUGUGGGUCCUCGGACCUGCACAUGGGCGGCUGGUGUCAGAAGCCACAUACACUUACCCCUAACCACUAGAUGACAAUUGAAGAGAAUAUAUGCAGCGAAGGGCGCUGGCGGCUCAAAAGGAGCAGCAUCCAUCCCCUUCUACAUACUUUCUAACCUAAUGGCAUACGUAUACGACGUGCAUUGCCAUAUCCAGCAGAGCCCGGAGUCAUUUGAUGUGCUGGACAGCAGCGCACCCGGCGUGCUAUACUGCCCUCAGGGGACAAAUUACAUGGACUGGGCCAGCGUAGCCGAGCUGAAGGACCGGUUCCCCGACAAGAUAGUCCCGGCGUUCGGACUCCACCCCUGGUUCAUUGAGCAGGUCGUGUCUGGCGAGAUCCCUGGCUCCUGGGCCACCGAGCUGAAGGACCUAAUUACCAGGCACAACGGCACGCUGGGCGAGUGCGGACUGGACAAGGCCGCCCGCAACCCAGCUACCAACAAGCAGUACCCGUUUGAGCCGCAGCUGGCCUUGCUCAAGCAGCAGCUCACGCUCGCACAUGAGCUGGAUGUGCCUGCAUCCUUGCACUGCGUGAAGGCAUACCCCGAGCUAUACAGCAUCAUCAAAUCGGGCACUCAGGCGUUGCCGCCGCGCAUCAUGCUCCACUCGUACUCGGGGUCGCCCGAUAUGCUGUCGCAGAUGUUCUUCAAAGACGAGCUUGCCCAGCGCAUGUACGUGAGCUUCUCAGCUGCAAUCAACGGCCGCAAUCUGGACAAGACGCGGGCGUGCAUUAAGGCAGUGCCUCUGGACAAGCUGCUUGUCGAGUCAGACCUGGAUGACGCGAGGCACACGGUAGAGGCAUUGGACACUGUCAUCUGCCUGGUUGCUGACACCCAUGGGAUGUCGGUGGCCGACACGAAGGUCAUGCUGGCGAGGAACUCGCAGGCCUUUUUGGGCAAGUGAGGAAAAUACUGACCGGCACAUUUGGUGAGAGCGGAUUAGCGUCUCUAUUCUUAGUGCGCUAUUUUUACAUGUAUAAAGCAUUGUUUUCCGCCCGCCCCCAUCACACAUGCAAAAGAGAAAUAAUGCUGGCUCGGCGAAGAGAUAGAGAUAAAGUGGCCGAAAAUAGCCCUGGCAAAAUGUGCCUCCCUCCCCACAUGCACCGGUGAUACUGCGGGUGCCGCGACACUGUGGACAUACGAGCGUGUCAGGCAGAUGGCGCGAAUACCGUGUUUGUGAUGGAAAAUGUAAAGUCUUGCGUUAUGAACGCGGCUGGAUUUACAUACCCAACGAUGCCCACCAGCGAUUGUCAACGUUGAGAGAGCUGGGCUGAUUUUAUGCAGGCUGAGACUCGCCAUAUAUAGUGCGGGUUGGGAAGGUCGCUUGCCUUGCCGCCCUCCUCCCCUUCCUAGCCCAGCCUUCCCUGGGUGAUUUUGUUCUUCAAC